CUCCAAUGUCAAACCAAACACACCCUGGACUUUCGGGCAUGUUUACCACGCAGCCGCGACUUUAGCUUCGCUUUGCUUCCCGGCGGCGCGAACGCAUCGAUCCCGGCCGCCUCCUCGUCCUCCACCGUCCCUCGCGCCCUUCCCUAGCUCCAGCUGGAAAUCCUCCAUCUCCUACUUGUACAGAGAGGCUGGCGGCCGGGCCGGGCCGGGCGCACGUGAUGAUCUGUCGUUCUGGAGGCGGAGGGGCGACGUCGGAUGCCGCCGUGCCGGUGGGGGAGACGGCAGAUUCGCGCACCUUAUCGCCGCCCGCCCAAGGAACCUCCCCCCACCUCGAGCGCCCACCAGGUGCUCGACGUAAUGCCGCCGCGCCACCCCCACGGCGUCCAGUUUUAUAUCCUCCUAACCAGCGACGGAGGAGGUUAGUUUAUAGUAAAGGAGAACCGUACUCCAAUCCUGGCCGAGUUCCAUAACGAGGUAGAGGUCCUGCCCCCUGAGCCCCUCUUUUGUUCUGUUCUUGCUUUGUUCGUCCUGCUGAAAUGACCUGGGAGCACAACAUUGCGUCCCAGGCGCCAUUGAUGGUUCUCGAAAUCGCAUUAUGUAAAUGAGCCGUGUGGUUGAGAGGAUAUACAAUUUUACAUUGGGGGAAUUGCACAUGCUUAUUAGGAUUGGUGGCUACUUACAGCCUUUUUUUUCUUCCUUUGUUCUAUUACGGUGUCGCCUUAAGCUGUAGCAGCAACGAAGUGAAGAAGUGGAACUGUGCACUAAGUCGCAUGAGGUCUUCUUGUUUUGUGUAUGACCCAGUGAAGACCUUAACAAAUCGGAAGAGUCAUCAUAAGAAAAUAAAAAUGAGGGCAUCAAUUGCUAGUUUUUUUCUUCUUUUGUUGCCUUUGUUGUUUCGAGAUGCUUUUUUUUUUCUACUUAACUAUGUUAAUUAUAUUUGUACUUGUCUAUUGUUUUUUCUGCUUUCGUGAACUGUUGUGGUACCAACUUUCUGUUUAUCAGUAGAGUACAUGUCUUUGCUGGUCUAAUAACUUAUUUUGUUGGUACAUAUAUUUAUCAAUGCCGCCAGAAUUUUGUGACUCAGUGUUGGGCUUUAUAGAUAAAUAAUGUGAAAUAGGAAAAAAACAUUAAAAAAACUUUCAAAGUUUCUGUUUUAAGUUGGGUACUAUAUGCCCAUAAUGCCUCCUUUCCUAUUUCUGUAUUCUGUAUGGGAUUUCUAUCCUAACAAUUUGUACAUGCUUAAACCAAACCAAAUAAUAGAAGCUGGAAUGCUAAAAGACCAUAGUAAACUCCAGAACUACGAGCAAUGUGUUUGUUCCUUUAUUGAGGGCUUUGGUAUCUAAUAUCAUAGCUUCAGAACUAAUUUAUCGAGUUCCUAUUUGAAGCGUAUCGGCACCUGUUUCAAGUACAGAGCAAAAACUCUCCAUAUCAAAGAUGAGCUUCAGAUCUAUCGAACAGCUACUUAGGAGGAACAGCAAGACCAAAAUUUCUCGUAAUAUUGUUGAUGGUGUCCAUGACCAGAAGGAAGAGCAGUGUGUGCAAUCCUUGCGGGAGUUACUUCUCGCAAGCAACCAGCUACCAGAGAAGUUUGAUGACUACUAUCUUCUUCUACGCUUUCUGAGAAUGAGAGGCUUCAACAUCUUAAAGGCAAAAGAAAUGUUCUUAAAUAUGUUAAAAUGGCGUGAAGAUUGUUCUGUUGAUGCCAUUGCAAAUGAAUUUAAAUUUGAGGAGUAUGAUGCUGUGAAAAGAUGCUAUCCUCAUGGAUUUCAUGGAGUUGAUAAAUUUGGCAGGCCUCUAUAUAUCGAACGGAUUGGCUUGGUGGAUCUCAGCAAGCUCAUGCAGGUGACAAGUAUUGAUCGAUAUGUAAAAUAUCAUAUAUCAGAACAAGAGAAAACUAUGUCUUUGAGAUAUCCUGCUUGCUCAAUUGCGGCUAAAAAGCACAUAGCCUCUACAACAGCCAUAUUGGAUGUGAAAGGAUUGGGGAUGAAUAAUUUUUCAAAAUCUGCAAGAGAGAUGUUCAUAGAGAUCCAAAAGAUCGAUAGUAAUUACUAUCCAGAGACAUUAAAUCAACUUUAUAUAAUUAAUGCUGGAACUGGAUUUAGAGCACUGUGGAAAGUAUUGAAAGCAUUCAUGGAAGCAAGGACUUUAGCAAAGAUUCAGGUUCUGGGGACCAAUUACCUCAACACAUUAUUAGAAGCUGUUGACCCAAGCAAUUUACCAGACUUUUUAGGCGGAACAUGCAAUUGUCCUGCAACAGGGGGAUGCUUGCUCCAUGAUAAAGGACCCUGGACCGACCCAGAAAUGGUUCGUGCUUCUAAGGCAGCAUUUGGUAAAGGUCAGAAGUCUUUCAAUGAACUGACUGCUACAAUUGCCUGUGAAAGCUUCGCAGGUUGUCAGGAGCCUUCUGCGAAACAAGUAGAUUCCACUUCUCGUAGGAAAAGAACUCUUGGCAUGUUGUUAAAGGAUGGCCAGGAUGGCACUGAUACAAGCGGAAAUAUUCUACGGAAACAGGUCGAUGAACAGAUAUCAGAGAAGAUCCGACAACUUGAAGACUGUGCUGCUCAGACUAAGGAGACCCUGCAGACACUAGUAUGUAAGCAGCAAGAACUGACGAGCCACAUCGAACAGCUGAGGAGAAUCCUUCGGGAUGGCACAAGUGCAGAUAAGAAAACCGAUGAACAAAACUCAAAGUAAAACUAAUUGCGUUUUCCAAAGCUGGAAAAACCGAAGAAUGGCAAGAAAAGAAGUAAUCGUUGUAUCAUUAUAGAGAAGAAAUAGGUACCUUAGAUAUUUUUCAAUGAGGAUUUACAACCCCUAAAUUGCGAAUGCCAUAUAGUACACCACGAUGAUCUUGGCAAUGCUAUGUACUAAGGUGGUAUAUCAUCCACUCAGAAAUGCUGCCAUGUUCAAUGGUACCCAUGUAAUCUUCCGUGAUCCAAAUUUGAUGAGUAAAACUGUUCCCUACCAAGACUCAA